UUGAUUUGUUCAACGCUGAUAUCGGAGAAAGGCAACAGUGAAAGGAGAAUUGAUUAAGCAUUUCUAUAGUUCUAUAUAUACUUAAAUACUAGUUUCUCAUUGCCGAUUCCUGCAGUUUUUAGAACAGGUUGACACAACUCCUCAAAUCUCUUUCUUCAUUAGCUUCCAAGCCAUAUGGCUACUUCUCAUCAAGGUUUUUGUGACGAUUAUUUUUUACUAAACCCAGAAAAAGCAACUUUGUUUGAUCUGUUUAGCCUUCUAGUCUCGCCUCAGUUGGAGACAAGAGGAUUCAUAGAUUGUCCUGGGAGCCAACAUCAAAGCUUUCUUCUUCGAUGGCCCAUCUUCGUCUCCGUUGUUCUUCAAAUACUCCUCAUUUGGGUAAAGAAACCUAUGGCCUUUAUGGGGGAUGCCAUCGAGAUGUGGCUCAACCUUUUAUCUGCCAACGGUGGCCUCUUUCGUCUCCUACUAAAUCUUCCAACAGGGAAAACAGAAUGGCCCAAGCGAGCAUCCGCGAAGUUUACAUCGAUGGUAGGGAACACCGACACUCGCCUUGAAUUAGACGAAAACAUUAAGCCAGCUGACCAAAAAUACAAAGCCUCGCUGUCCAUGAUGGCUUCCAAAUUAUCCUAUGAGAAUGAAGCCUUCAUUGAAACCAAAGUCACCCAACUUUGGAAGGUACGUUUUCUAAAUGUGUUUGAUUUUGGUACAGAAUACAGAGGACUUCCUUCAACCCAAGCCUUUAUUCUUCAAGACUCACAAGCAAAUCCCAACUUGUAUGUGGUUGCAUUUAGAGGGACAAGCCCAUUCGACGCCGACGACUGGCGAACUGAUGCUGAUUUUUCUUGGUGCAAGAUUAAAGCCAUGGGUAAGGCCAGGACCCACAGUGGUUUCAUGCAAGCACUCGGCUUGCAAACGAACAACGGUUGGCCUAAGGAGAUCCAACAACACAGGGAUGGCCAACGCCAAUUUGCCUACUACGCUAUUAGACAAAAGUUGAGAGAGAUUCUCAAGGAGAAUGAAGAUGCCAAGUUUAUAGUGACUGGCCAUAGUUUGGGUGGGGCUUUAGCUAUUUUGUUUGCUGCAGUGCUGAUGUUACAUGACGAAGAAUUGUUGUUGGAGAAAUUGGAUGGGGUUUUCACCUUUGGACAACCAAGGGUUGGGGACGAAAACUUUGGGGAAUAUAUGAAGGAGAAGAUGAAAAAAUUUGAUGUGAAAUAUUUAAGAUAUGUUUACAACAAUGACUUGGUGCCUAGGGUUCCUUAUGAUGAUAAAAUGACAUUGUUUAAGCAUUUUGGACCUUGCCUCUUCUUCAAUAGUUUCUACACUGGGGAGAUCUUACCAGAACAGCCGAACAAGAAUUACUUUUCUUUACUAUGGGUGAUUCCAAAGAUGGUGAAUGCAGUUUGGGAGCUCAUUAGGGGCAUCAUUUUGCCUUACAUGUACGGUCCAGACUACAAGGAAGGUUGGGUUUUGAGAAUGUUGAGGGUAAUUGGAUUAUUAGUACCAGGUGUGUCAGCUCAUUCCCCUCAAGAUUACGUUAAUUCCACUCGAUUGGGAACCUUGUCGGAUGUUGAGCUCCACAAACACCAACUUAAAAUAGAUUGAUGACAAAGAUUCUCAUAAAGCUUGUUGUCAAAUCACUUUUAGGACAUGUUCCAUCAGCAUGUACAUGUAUAAACCAGAUAUGAUUUGUGAAAAAACAGUUUCAUAAUCUAUUUGAACCCUCCAA